UGAAGUUGACGGGACACCUAGCGCCAUCUCUGAUCGAAGUAGAGAGGUAGAGAGUUUCAAUAGUAAAGUUUCAUAUUGCGGAAUUUAUUCCGAGUUUACUUGGCGGCCGGUUACGUUAGAAAGGUAAAAUUGUUCGACGACCUCGUGUUUUACGGGCUCAUUGUUCAGACUGGCGCCUGGUGUUGGGGGCACCGCGGAUCGUCAUGGCGUGACGAGCGGCAUCUUCCGCAUCCAUUGAGAAAGGCCAUCGGUUACGCGACGGCCGCUCACGCAUGCGCUCCAGUGCCGCUCCUGCCGCUCCUCCUCGGGGCCCAUGAUCGGCGGGUGGGCCUAAAGAUCGUCGCCGCCGUCAGCUCGGUCGGGGGCCCGGCAGCGUGCCUGACACUUGCGAACCCCGUCCCGGUGCCCGGACGCCCCUGGCCCGACGUCCGAGACGCGACAGAGACCGCGAGAGCUGCCGAGGACGGCCGCCCAGCGCAUGCGCUCUACCUAGAUGGCGACCCGCUGGCCGCCGGUGCCCGCCGCCGCUGCUCGAGGAGAUGGCGUACGCCGAGUGUGUGUCCAGCGCGAGGGACCCCGCCGAGUAGCCCUGGACCGUCUCUGACGCCCCGAUGACCGCAAGCAGUGCCAGUAUGGGGGAGCAGCCCAUCUUUUCCACGAAAGCGCACGUGUUCCACAUCGACCCCAAGACGAAGCGGUCCUGGAUCCCCGCCAGCAGCCAGGCAGUGAGCGUGAGCUUCUUCUUCGACUCCACCCGCAACCUGUACCGCAUCAUCAGCGUCGAAGGAACCAAGGCGGUCAUCAACUCCACCAUCACGCCCAACAUGACGUUCACCAAGACCUCCCAGAAGUUUGGCCAGUGGUCCGACAUUCGCGCCAACACCGUCUACGGCCUGGGUUUCGGCUCUGAACCUGACCUGAACAAGUUCAUCGAGAAGUUCCAGGAGGUGAAGGAGGCGACUCGGCUGGCGGCGCAGAAGGCUAACGGCAGCGCGGGCACGGCGAGCCCGUCGCCGAUGGGCACGCUGCGCCCACCGUCGGCGUGCGACGCCGCGGACGACGCGGCCGGCGAGGGCGACGGGAGGGCGCCCCUGGUGGCGCACCAGCGCAGCCAGAGCCUUUCUGGCCUGCAGGCGAGCAGUCCCAAGCACCAGGCGCGAGGGGCUGGCGACAAGGCAUCGCUGCCCCAGUCGACGGCCGAGGCACAGCUGCGCUACGAAAACGAUAGGCUCAAACUCGCCCUGGCACAGAGCUCGGCGAACGCCAAGAAGUGGGAGGUGGAGUUGCAGACGCUGAAGAACAACAAUGCCCGGCUUACAUGUGCACUACAGGAGAGCACCUCGAACGUGGAAGAGUGGAAACGGCAGCUACAGGCGCUCAAGGAGGAGAAUGCUGCCAUGCGGAGCAAAAUGAUAGAGCUGGAGGCGAGCCACGGGAACCCGGACGCCAUUGCCGAGUUGCGCAAGGAGAUCGGCAGCCUGCGCACCCGCUCCGACCUCCUGGACCGUGAGGGAAAGCAGAAGGACAAGGAGUUGGAGGUGCUGAAGCGCAAGCUGGAGGACCAGACGCAAACGGGUGUCCACAAGGCGGACGACAGGCUCAAGGCGCUCUUGUCGGAGAACGACGGACUCAAGGGUACGGUGACGCGGCUGCAAGAGCAGCUGGAGGCCUCGCGCAGCUCUUCGAGGGGCCGCCAGGGCGCCUGGGAGCAACUGAACCAGCGGUUCUCGCUCAAACUGCACGAGCUCCGGGACCUCCAGCACGAAAUGGCCUCCUUGCUCAACUCCUGAUGAGCGUGCUUCCGCGGCAGCCUGCCGCCGUUCCUCCCCACUGCGCGCCCACGCCGCAGCAGACUUAUUUAUUGCGCCCCUCUUAUCGCGCCCGUUUUCUAUUCGCACUCGGGUGGGCAGCGCGCGUGCGGUCCGGGGGUGGGAGGCUCCGGGGGAGCCGCUCUCUGCCGGGGCUGGGUCCCAAAAGCCGCUGGCUGGCUGGCGAGGCGCUUCCCUUGGGGCCUCGGACCGCGGGCCACCGCACGAGGAGGACACCCGCUGCGCUCGCGAAGGGCGCCGCCGACGGCGUGUUUCUCACUUCCCGUCUCCUAGUUGCGAGCUUCGUCCGCGGCGUCUGCCCGCUUUCUCGUUCGUGCCAACAUAUCCCCUUGCCAUUCCCCGAUUCGGACCGCACCACCGGCGAAAGACGCGCGCGCGGAGGUUCUACGUUUUGAGUGGCGCUCGGUGUGCGCGGCGCCGGGCUUUCUAGUGCAUGGUAGACGACGGGGCCCGUCAUGUCGGCCGGCGGCCCGCGCGAAACGCGGUUUAGGUGCGAGUCGGUAGCAGCCCGCCGGUGGUCCCGCGUGCGUUCCCCGCGACUCCACGGCACCGGUUGUUAGCGUUACGGUGCGGCGGGGGUUGGACGCCACGGGCGACCCCCGAUCCCCAUCCCCGGAAAUAAAGAGGAACUUUUACAGACACGGCGUCCCUGUGGAUGUUCGACUGUGCCCGGGGUCAUUGUGUUCUGUGGGAAGGUCCCAAACUUGU